CAAGAAUUCUGUUUGGUAGCAAAGGAGUGAACUCCCCAACCCUUCCUUCCGCAAUUAACCCGAGACUGGCUGUGUGAUGGCUGCAUCCGAGAGCGAGGGGGGUUCUCAAAAAUUACGGUUUGCCUGCUGGCUGAUUAAGCAGAUCAACAGCAAAAACUACGAGGGGCUCCGCUGGGUAGACAAGGACCACACUCAGUUUCGCAUCCCCUGGAAACACACUUCCAGGAAGGAUAUCAACCCUAACGACUACAAGAUUUUCAAGGCCUGGGCCAUAACCAGCGGAAAGUACAAUGAAAAGCUGAAAGAUCUAGCCAAGUGGAAAACCAACUUCCGCUGUGCCCUGAGAAGCACAAAUAUGUUCCUGAUGGUGCAGGAUAACUCAAAGACCUCCGAGGACCCUCACAAAGUAUAUGAAAUCAUCAGCCCAAGCCCUGAUGCUGUGACAGCUGCUAAUGCCCUGACUACUAAAAACAAUAACCUGCAUGACAGUAAAGAAGACAUCCACCCCCAUUCUGAAGAAGCCCCUAAUCUGCACCACCGUAUGCCACAGGAACUACAGCCCCAGAUAGAAUUAGAUUUGGAGAUGUUGUCACUAGAAAACCCUCCCCAAGAGAUGGAUAGUGGGCAGAACGAAAGACCAGCCUACGACCCUGGCAGGAAUCCGCCCCAGGGCUACACCACCAAUAAUUCGGCAUCAAACGGCUACCAGUGCAGCCCCGACACACUCCAGUGGAUUCUGCAACAGUGCAACUUAACCCAGAAUGACUGCAGCCCGCAGCAGCUGCCAUGGGCUCUGGAUGGAGGUUUAGAUCACCGCUCAGAGGAAGUGCCAUAUGAAGACAGCCCAGGCUAUCCAAACCAACAUAUUGGCCAUAAUAGCUACUCACAGCAGGGGAGCGGAGUGGCAAAUGGACCAGUGGAGAACUAUCACCAAUCAGUUGGCCAGUGGGUGACCCAAACAAUGGCUGAGACCCAAACCAUGCAAAAUGCUUAUGGCCCUUCUGCUGCCUCACUUCUACAGCAGCCCCUCCCAUCCAGCACAGUUCCUGUCAUGAGUCAGCUUCUUAAUAAUGCAGCGGAAGUCCUGUUUGAGGGGAGACCUCACUACAAUAACCACGCUGGCGUUCAAAGCACUUUCCUGAGUGAAGCACCUACAGGAAACACAGUGAUCUAUCCAACGCUGAAUGGCCUGGGAGAGAACAGUUAUCAGCCGGCCAAUCAGUGGGCAGCCCCAGCAGUGCUGGAGCAGAACAGGUUCACCCAGCCUGCUGCCCCUCUCCCAGAGCAGUAUCCUCCUCCCAACACAGCACCAUCGCGGACCAAUACAGAAACCAUUCCUCCCAAUAUGGACAUCACCAUCUAUUACCGAGGGAAGUCACUCCACGAGGUGCAGGUGGCCACCAGCAGCUGCCUGUUCACGUACAAUAACGAAGACCCUACCAUGGUCCCAGGGUGCGCGCAUGUGGUCCAUUUCCCAAGCCCAGAUGAGCUGCCUGACCAGAAGCAGGUCCAGUUCACCAGGCAGCUGCUCCUGAACGCAGGGCUGCUGCUGGAGCAGAAGCACAAGAAGAUCUAUGCCAAGCGCCUGAAAAAAUGCAAGGUCUUCUGGGUCCUCUCCAGGCAACUGGCAAACAUGGCUCAGAACCCUGAGUCCAAGCUGCUGCCACGUGGCACAGAGAUGGAGAUCUUCGACUAUGAGGUGUUCUCAAAGGAGCUGAAGGAUUUUAAGGAACAUCAAAGGGCUGCAUCUCCCGACUUCACCAUCUACCUUUGCUUUGGGCAGUGCUUCUCCAAAUCCAAGCCCAAGGAGUCCAUGUUAAUCCUGGUGAAGCUGGUGCCUAAGUUCUGUGAGUAUUUCCAUGACAUGGUGCUGCGGGAGGGAGCCUCGUCCCUGAACAGCGGGAAUGUGAGCCUCCAGCUGUCCAGCUGCUUCAACAGCUUGUAUGACCUCAUUGAGCAGUACAACAUGCAGAUUGACUGAACCUCCUCCCCACCCUAGGACCCAAGCUGCAUGUGCAUUGGCCAGUCCUUGCCUAGGUCUCUGGCUAGCACUUCUGAAAACACUUCUGCCUUUCCGUCGUCCACUUGCAUCAGUUUGCUGCCAUCAGAAAACAUGUGGGUGAGAUGAUGGGUGGCCUUGUGGCUUAGCCACAUCACUGGGACUCAGUAAAGCUGGGUUCAAUCCCUGCUGUGCCACUGGCCUCCUUAGUGACCUUGGCAUGUCACUGCAUCUGGGCCUCACUUUCCCCAUCUGUAAAAUGGGAAUAAUUCCUUACCUCACAGGGUUGUUGUGAGGAGAAAUGCAUGUGAGGUGCUCAGAUAUUACGGCAAGAGACAGAUCAGCCUUCCCCGCUCUGGGCCACCAAUUGAAAAGAGAUUUUUUUCCUCAGCUGAAACAAACAGGGCACUGUGCUCUGAAGGUAAAAGCAAGAGAAUCUUCCUGUUUCCAGAUGUCAGCAAGAAAGUCGGGCAUUGGGGGGCGGGGGGAUACUCAUCUACAGCACUGCCAUGUAAUGAGUCUGGGCUGAGCUGGCUGGAUUUGAAGCUGAGUGAGGUUGAGUUUGGGUUUUUUUGUUUGUUUAUUUUUAAAGAAAUGGGGAUGUUUGGGGGGGGGGGGGGAAUCCUUAAUAUCACCUGUUGCUGAAGUGAGUGAAGCAGGAGCCCUCGGGGUGGAUUGUACAAUAGCCCUGGUCAGCUCUCCUGGGGUCACAGGGUUGGUACAGGGUGAGCUAAUCCAUCUGACAGAGGCUAAGGCCCAGCUCCUAAUGUCCAUUGAUUUGAAUGGAAGUUAGGAGCCUAAAUACCUGAGGAUCUCUAGGUGGGCUGCUUUAAAUACCUGGCCCAUGCCUCAUGCCCUCCGUUUACCACAAUGAGAUGAGAGGGAAAAGAAGGAGAAUGAGUAACACCCUGAACAGUGUAGCGGAGGGGAGGCCCAGAAGCCAUGACAGAGGCUGGUCCUGCUCCUAGUGGAAUUUUGCCAUUGACUUUCCUG